AUGUCUUCUAUUGAUGUUUCUCCCCAUGAUGGAGCAAUGAUAAAUGCUUUCGACGAUAUCGAAUCAACUGUGUCAUCACACGAGGAGCAACCGCUGCUCCAUGCAGUCGACGAAGACGUCUGGGUUCCACCCAGGGGCUUCCUCUGGGUGCAAAUCACCAUCAUGUCGAAUGUGUUCUUGUCCGGCUUCGACGGCACCAUCACGGCCUCAACAUACGCAGUCAUCAGCUCCGAGUUCAACGCCGCCAACAAUGCCUCGUGGCUCACGACGUCGUAUCUCAUCACCAGCACCGCCUUCCAGCCUUUGUACGGUCGCUUUUCGGAUAUCUUCGGGCGGCGGGUGUCGUUCUUCACGGCCACGGUCACUUUCAUCGUCGGUUGUCUGGGAUGCGGUGUUGCGAAUGAUAUUGUCCUCCUGAAUGCCAUGCGAGCGUUGACGGGAAUUGGUGGUGGAGGACUGAUGACAAUGGCUACGAUUGUCAACUCUGACCUGAUCCCGUUCCGGCGCCGUGGUAUGUACCAAGCGCUGCAGAACGGUGUGCAUGGUUUUGGGUCUAUCUGCGGUGCAUCGUUUGGCGGCUCGAUCGUCGAUACCAUCGGCUGGAGAUGGUGUUUCCUGUUGCAGGUCCCCGUGGGAAUUCUGGCGUUGGCCACGGGACAUCUCGUUCUUCAUCUGCCCCGGCCAACCCAGUUUGCAGAGCAAGGGCAGGGUCUGCGUGCGAUUCUGAAGUACGUUGAUCUGUCUGGAGCACUGCUUCUAAUCCUCGGUCUCUCAAGUCAGCUGGUUGGUCUGAGUCUGGGUGGGAACGUACUACCCUGGACCAAUGGCUGGGUGAUUUCGUCCCUCGUGGGCAGCGUGGUAUUGUUGGCGCUUUUCAUUGUCGUAGAGGAGAAGACACCGGCUAUCCCCUUGAUGCCGUCGAAAAUGCUCCGGGGCCGCCUGCCCGUGUCAACCCAGAUUGCCAACGUUUGCGUGGGGAUGGCUGCGUAUGCCUUCCUUUUUACCCUCCCCCUGUUGUUCCAGGUGAUUCUGCUCGAUACCCCGACCAAAGCCGGCGCUCGACUGGCGAUUCCGUCCCUGGCUGCCCCCAUCGGCAGCCUGGUCUCUGGAAUCGUCAUGUCUCGCUGGGGAAAACUGGCACACCUCGUGCGUGUAGGCUGUAUCCUCAUGUGCGUUGGCAAUCUGCUGGUCAUGUCCAUCCAAUUCCAGGACGCUGCGUGGAAGUACUUUACGUACGUGAUUCCGGCGAGUCUUGGGCAGGGAAUCGUGUACCCGGGUAUCUUGUUCACAUUUCUCGCGGCGUUUGACCAUGCCGACCACGCUGUCUCCGCAUCGACCGUCUACCUGAUCCGCUCCCUCGGCACCGUUUGGGGCGUCGCUAUAACAUCUACUAUCAUCCAGAACACUUUGCGCUCAGGCCUUUCGAAGGCCUUGAGUGGAAUACCAGACAAAUGGAAAAUCAUCGACGAAGUUCGACACUCGGUCUCUGCCAUUCAUGAUCUACCCCCAGACAUUCAGAUGGCUGCCAGGCUGGCUUACUACCAAGGCAUCAGGCUGUCGUUCUUGGCCUCUGCCUGCUUCGGGUUUGUUGCCACCAUUGCUGCGCUCUUCGCCAAAGGCAAGUUCAGCAGGGCAUAG